CGGGGUGAGAGCGGGUUUGGGGGUUGCUCGGGUGUUCCUAUUUCUCGUGUUCCCUAACGCUGCUCAGGUCCGUCGCACGCAGCGAUGCCCGCGGAGCCUUUGGUCUGCGCUGAUACGGCCACGCGGGUGAGCUCGGUGCUGAACCGCGACGUGAAGCAGUUCGGGAAGAAGCACAUGUUUGACGCCAACGAGGAGACGUGCUGGAACUCGGACCAGGGUUCGUGCCAGUGGGUCACCCUGGAUUUCCCCCACACUGUCAGAGUCUCACAGCUCCACAUUCAGUUCCAGGGGGGGUUCUCCAGCCGGCUCUGCACGCUGGAAGGCUGCAGAACAGGUGAAGAACUGGUGAAAAUAUCUGAUUUGUACCCCGAGGACAUCAAUGCCAUGCAGAGAUUCCAGCUGGAGGAGACAGCGCUGGAUACGUUGAAGAUCACCUUUGAGAACAGCACGGACUUCUUUGGACGCAUUGUGGUGUACCACCUCCAGGUGCUGGGGGAGAGGCUGUAGGGCAGCAGUUGCUCACCCAUCACCUGCAUUCCCCUGUAGGGGAGCUGCUCACAUGGGAGAAUGGGACAGCAAACCCCACCAGCAGUGAUGUGCCACCCCCAGCUGUAUCCCAAAGUGCUGACGGAGCAGGGACUUCCACCCCAUGGGAUGGCAGAGGAGGGGGGAUGCUCGUGCAGAGUGCUACAUGCUGGAAUUAUAAGCCACCUUUGCUGUCUUUUGGUGGGAUGCAGCCUGUGCAGAUGGCUGAAUAAAUGGUGGUGACCCACA